GAUAAGAUUAUCAAAUCCAAAACUAUUGAAAACUUAUGACGAAUCUUGUAAAAUUUUUAAAUAUACAAUUAUAUUUGUAAGUAGUUUUCAUGGAAUUAGAUCUAUUAAUUUUUGAAGACGACGUCUUUGCUGAACCUAUAGAGAUUAAAGAAAAAGACGUGGAAUUGAUAAGAGAGGUGGCACCCUAAUGCGACCGUUAUCAACUGAUCAUAUUUACUCAAUCAGUCAGUGGAAAUCGGUUAACCACGUCGGCGAUCAUCAAGAAUGAUCCCAAAGGGCUUCAUCAGUAGGUGCUGUUUCACGAAAUACUUCAGGAACUUAUGGACUUAUUUUGAAAUUAAUUCUAACAUUCCUGUAUUUCAGAAAUCGCGAUACGAUCAAAUCAUCUGAUCAAAUAGACACCAGUUCUGAAUCGAGAUCAUGGUCAGCUUCUGUCUAAAAAAGCUGGAAUAUGUAGAAUAAGAACAUAUUAUUUUACUCAGAGAAAUAGAUGAUUAUCGUAUUGAUUAGAAUCCUUGAUGGUUAUAUGUGAACAAUUUUUCGAACUCCGAACUUCGGUGAAGAAUUAUUGGUGGUUUCAGUUCUCAGAUCAACUUUGCGUUGAAAUUCAGUUGAUUUUUCCCGAAUUGGCGAUAUUUGUGUAGUGAAAAAUCCGAAAUGAUUGAAAUAGUUGAUAACGUGUACGACAUCGUAUACCCAAGUCCUCAGUCCUUAAGAGAUAUCUCAGCCAUCGCAGUGGCCGUCCAACUAUGGCGUUUACACUUUAGCGAAUACAUUGAGAAUAAUAUUGUAUUCUAUAGGUCUUUGGAAUCUGUUCCGGACAUCUCCUUACGUAAAAUUAUUCCUAACGUUCCAAUAGUCAUUGAUUACUUAUGUAGGCAUUACGCGAAAAAGCUCAUAUACACAACAAAGUACUGGAUAGGGUUUCAUUUCAACUUUAUAUUCAGACACUGUCGCAGCGACCAAAUCGACAUUUUAAACGAUUUCAAAGACAUUGUGGGUGAUUUCGAUGGAUCUAUUCAUUUCGUUCGAACUGCUCAAAGGAUGAUGCGGUGUGAUCGAAUCAGCCAGGAGGAAAAAUUUGCUAUCGCUUGUGUUUAUUGUUUUGAAGACGAUAUCCGAAGAAUUUGGCCGACAAUGUCAGAUAAAACGAAUUUGGAUGAGUUGAUUUUGUAUAAUUGUCAUUUGUAUUAUUGGGUGUGUUGCCUUAGAAAUGAAUUGAAUAAAAUACCUGAUAUGAUAGGUAUUCCUGUUAAUGACCGAAUGCUGGAUCUUACCACGUCUUAUACUACAUCUUCCUUCGAUUACUUUUGGAGUCGGGCGAGCUUAGAAUGUCGAUACAGUAAUGCUAUAUAUUUAGCUAUAAAUCGCUAUACACCAUUUUGUGGCCGAUUCGUUCUAUCGAAGUUGAACGAACUACAGCUGAAUGAGUUCAUCACUCAGAAUGGUGGCGAUAUGAUAUUCUACACGUUAACCAGUAAGGUUCAUACACAUUACGUUCUUCCAAUCUGGAUGUAUAUAAAGGACAGAAUAGAUGAAACGAAUUUUAUCAGUAUAAUAGAAAGAAUGUUACCCAUCGAGCGCGAUUACCGUUACGUUGACGAUCCAUUGAUCGAAAAAUCCGAAUACGCUUUGAAAUAUCACAACAAUACAGAUGUGACCGUGUGUUGUGAAAUUUGGCGCCUUGCUCGGCCCACUUUGAAACGUUCCGUGAUUCAAAACCUUUUGCCGAACAUUCGGAUGUAUCGAAGAUAUGGAAUACAACCUAACUGUCCUAGAGAAGUCCGACUCUUGAUUACAAUCCUGCUGGAUGCUACUGCUGAAGAGAGAAGUGCAUUUUGGCGCAAGCAUUGGCUUCAUUUACUCAUAUCGACGCGAGUUGCAGAUUUACAUCGAAUUAUGAAACUCUGCUUCGUGAACGAUAGCGAAAUCAAUCAGUAUAAAACGAACACGAUGGCAAAAUAUGAAAAUCUCAGGUACACUAUAAACGAUUUUUUUACAUACGGUUUCUUAAAAGAGCUGAGCAGUAUAUUAGAUUUUUGCUGUGUCGAUAUCCGUAGCAGCAACGAAUUGAAACGACGAUAUUUAGAGAGGAACGUGCUUGGUAAAUAUACUAGUCUAAGCAUCUGCGUUAUUUGUAAAAAAGAAGCGUUUCAGGAGCUUAUCGACGUAGCUUACGAUGGCAACACUCACCUAGCUAAUGAAUUCCGAAGUAAAUUCGUAUCUUGGCCAGAAACCGAACAGCGGUUACUAUGGUACAUUAGGAAAGGUUAUUUUAGAAAGGUGAAGGAGUUCGUUGACUCGUUUGCGUCGUAUUGUCAGAACGUAGACAGAUUGAAGAAGAGAUUCGUCGAAAAAUUGAAGACCUAUCUGAUCGAAGGUAGCAUUUGGCUCUAUGAUGCUAAAUAUUUGCAGGAGUUUCUAGUCUGGAAUUUGGGCGAUGAAGAUGUAGUUACCAAAUUCAAACAGUCCAUAUUGCCGGAUGAUGUUUUACGCAAUAUGAUACGAAAACUAAAUAAAAAAUAUUACUAUGAUGAAUAUGAUGAUGAAGAAGAUGAUGAAGAUUAUCAAUGUGACGAAUAUGAUGAAUUUGAAGAUGAUUAUGAAAAUGAUGUACCAGAGCAGUUUGCAAACCUGUUGACGUAUCGUCGUUGUAUAGACAACUUCCUGUUGUGUUAUUUUUGCACACCAGAGAAGAUAGACGAGUUUAAGAGUAGGUUAGCCGAUGUGUUUAAGAUGAUGUAGUAUACCAUCUCAACCAUCUGUAGCCCUCGUCGCGUGGAACAAGGGGCACUACCUACAAGCCCCUAAAUUCCUUCACCGUAAAAAACUACAAGCAUCUGAAACUGAAAGCUUACACAUGCGAGCAAAGUUGAAAAAGGCCUCAAAUAAAAAUUUGAACGAAGGAAGAUUGUAGGAAAUUUAAUUCCCUGUAGAAAAACGUCAUCUUCAAUUUUUGCUCAACUUCUACAUAUAUUGAAGUAGCUACGAAAAUUCCAUCGGGCGUAGCUCCUUCAAUAUAGAAGAUGGGCAAAAAUUGAAAAUAAAUUUGAUUUUUUUAAACCAGUGAUUACGCAAUUUGAACUAGUGUAGUUGAUGAUCAUUUAGAAAUUCUAUAUGGAUUACCAUCAAUUAUUGUGAGAUAAUGAAGGCAAUUGGAGGCUUACUGCAUUCAUUUUAAAAAAUUUCUUUUCCAUAGUACCUAUAUACCUAUAUUUUAUACUUUUAUUAUUCAAUUCUGAUGAAGUAAUUCUUCCAUUUCUGUUUGAAAUUAUAUUGGUACAUUUUUUAUCUAAGAAUUUUUAUACCUUUUUUAUUUGUUUUCUCAUGAAAUUAAAUUAUUAAGUAUGUGUAA